AUGUACGAAGGGAUUGACAACCUGAAAUCCCUUUACGACCGUGCCGGGAAGACUUUCUCCGGCGGUCCUUCUGCGGCACAGGAUGUGUCGCGUCGUACUGCUCGACCAGACCCAGUACGUCAACCAUCAAUUGGGAGCGGGGCUCCCAAGAAUCCCAGGACGGGGGAUAGCCGCGCCACCGGACGAGGUAACUCGUCCGACGUCCGUUCACGUCGCGGUGGUUCAACAGCUGCUCAACUAGAUAGCGCUGGCCACCGCGAGAGUCCUCUAAUGGAGGUGGAGGAGGAGGAAAGACGCUCUCCACACGAUCAUGUGGAUCGGUGUGUUCCCGAGAGCAUCUUUGAUCGCGUAACGCAAGGGUUACGCGACGAUCUCGAGCAUGAGCGGAAUAGGCGUCUCCAGAUGGUGGACACUGCCUCGAAGCAUCGAGCUGAGUUUGCCUUUGCUCAGCUUGAGAACGAGAGAUCUCUGACAUCUCUUCGUGACGAGCUAAGGGUAGCUCGUGGGAUUGUUGAUCGGUCUCGGGCUGAGAUAACUGCUCUUCAGACCCUUGUUGAUGCCCACCAUCGGGAGCACAAGGCUCUCUGCGAGAUGCUUGAGCGCAAGGGCGUUCUUCAUCGGAAGAAGCAGCGUACUGAUGGUACGGCUUAA